AUGGCCGCGCGCCCCGGCCCGCUCUGGCUCCUGGGCCUGGCGCUGUGCGCGCUGGGCGGGGGCGGCCCCGGCCCGCGACCCCCGCACGGCUGUUCCCAGUGGCGUCUGGGCGCCCGCGAGCGCCGGGACGUUCAGCGCGAGAUCCUGGCUGUGCUCGGGCUGCCCGGGCGGCCCCGGCCCCGCGCGCCACCCGCCUCCUCCCGGCUGCCCGCGUCCGCGCCGCUCUUCAUGCUGGACCUGUACCACGCCAUGGCCAGCGACGACGACGAGGAUGGCGCGCCCCCGGAGCGGCGCCUGGGCCGUGCCGACCUGGUCAUGAGCUUCGUCAACAUGGUGGAGCGAGACCGUGCCCUGGGCCACCAGGAGCCCCACUGGAAGGAGUUCCACUUUGACCUGACCCAGAUCCCAGCUGGGGAGGCUGUAACAGCCGCGGAGUUCCGGAUUUACAAGGUGCCCAGCACCCACCUGCUCAACAGCACCCUCCACGUCAGCAUGUUCCAGGUGGUCCAGGAGCAGUUCAACAGGGAAUCUGACUUGUUCUUUUUGGAUCUUCAGACACUUGGAGCUGGGGAUGAGGGCUGGCUGGCACUGGACAUCACAGCAGCCAGUGACCACUGGUUGCUGAAGCGUCACAAGGACCUGGGACUCCGCCUCUAUGUGGAGACUGAGGAUGGUGAGGCUGGGGGCUCUGCGGGAGCAGCUCCUGGGGCUCCUGUGUGCCAACACAGGCAGUGGUAGUGACCUCCUGUGGCCAUGGGUGCCCGGCCUCACCAGCUGUGCCUGCUGCGAGGGUCAAUGAGGUUCAGGGCUCGAGGUCUGGCCUGGCGGGGGUGCUCCCUCCUCUCCUUCUGCUUCCUGGGAAGUGGGUGGUUCUUCCCACGGAGCAGCCUCCACCUUGGGAGUUUCUAUCCUGGGAAGGAAAGGAGGGGAAGUGGCUGUAUCCUCAGGUGCUGAGGCCAAGAGGCUGGGUUUGAAGCCCAGCCCAACGGUGCCCUGCCUCAGUGACCUUGGCCAGGACUUA